UUUUUCUUUUUUCCAACUAAAAUAGACGACAUGUCGAAGCUUACCCAAAACGUCGAUUACAGCAUACCACAGAUAACGAGAUUGUAUGGUCGCAAAAGACCGAUCCAUAAAAUACUUGGAGGCGGAGAAGUUGCAGAUAUUUUAUUAUGGAGAAACAAAAUAAUAUCUGGUGUAACUUCUAUCGUGGUGUUGACGAUAUGGUUUUUGUUUGAGUUUGCGGAAUAUAACCUUGUGACAUUUCUCUGUCACUUGACCAUCACCGUCAUGCUCAUAAUAUUUAUUUGGACAAAUGGAGCCAAAGCCUUUGGAUGGACUCCUCCAAAUGUCCCCAAGAUCCUAUUGGAAGAAUCGACGAUAUAUCAAGGUUUUUGUGCAAAUUUGAACUUCCUCAUAUCUAGGCUCGUCUACAUUGCAUGUGGAAACGACAUCAAACUCUUCUGUUUGGCAAUCCUCACUAUUUCGAUACUAUCGAUGAUUGGGAGCUACGUCACCGCGUUAAAUCUUCUUUUUAUAGGGUUUUGCGUCAUGGGAACGCUACCCUAUUUGUAUGAGAAGCAUGAAGAGAAGGUUGAUUACUUGUUCCACAAGUUAAAUCAAAAGGUUUUCAAGAUUUACAAGAUGUUUGAUCGAUAUGUUGUUUCGAAGAUACCAAGAUGGCCAAUGAGAUCGAAGAAAUCCAACUAAUAAUAAAUUUAUAAAGUCUAAUAAUUUUUUUUAUUAUCGUGCAUAAAAUGAUUACGAAGAAAGAGACCUUACUUGAGUUUAUAGUGAAGUUAUGUUGGAUAAACU